GAUGGACUCUAAGGUUCUGGUUGGCCCACCUCGUCUAUUGGACUUCUCAUGUCAAGUCUGCUCUAAGGCCCCAGCAACAGACCCAGGAAAUAGCACCACUUCAUGUCUGCUUCAGCUUAAGAUACAGGAAAAUGAAACCACUGUCAAUGAACAGCCAUCUGUGUCCACCAUUACAGCUGAGCUGUCACGUCCAACGCUCGAUACUUUACUGGAUGGAAUGAGAAGGAUACGAGACCAGUUGUCAAGUGUUGCAGGAAGGAAAUGAACUGUCACUUGAGAAAUAAGGAUGUCAUUAUUUGCAGUCAUGUGAUAUAUUUGUUGUAGGAUGAGUAAUGACAAUUCUGUCCAGUGUGACUCAAUUAUAUAUUUAUAUUAAAUACCCUGACAUGUUUCAGUUAAGUUA